AUGAGUCCGGUGGAUACAACGCCAUUCCCGAUAUGGCCGCGCGACUUUGUGAGCGAUCUCAAGUCCGCUCCGGAAACAUUAUCGAGUUGGGAUAAUUGUAUGGCCAAAUCGUAUUGCAAGUACGUUGCUCUAUUGUUUCCUUCUAGUAAUUCCAUAUCUGACCCGGACGCUACAGAUGGCCCGUCAUCGUUGCGAUCAUUGUUGGUGCGCUCAUUGUUAUCUCCAUUCUGGCGUGCAUUAUCAAUUGCCUGUGUUGCGGCAUCCAAUGUUGCAAAUGCUGUGGAUGCUGUUCAUGCUGCUCCACCCGCACCCCCAUCUCUGCCUACCUAUCGUGGAGCGCAGGUCGCACGGUUUGACACACCCCCGAGCCCUGCAGUCUCCAAGGGCAAUGAAGAUGCGUUGCCCGCGAUGCCCACGUGGGAUAGUGCCGUAACGAAGAGGGUCGACGACACUGAUCAUCACCAGGAUGCAAUGGAGAUGGAACCGUUGAACCUCGCCAACCAAAGACCGCGUCGGAUGCCAUCCGCACCUCGACCGAACGGAGCCGGUUACAUGGGGCCACCGCCUGUCAGGACAGGCACAGCUGUCACUUCUUCCAGCUUUUACCCUGAUGACCAGAGCGCGUAUCACGCCCGUUCACCCGGCGGGCCGUCUCCUAUCUCGCCAUAUGAACAACCUUAUGGCGAUUAUUCUCAGGCCUAUGGAUCCCAACCACAUUAUAUGCCAAUUGGCACCGCAGUCUCACCGUCUGCCGAGGCCGGCCCGGCACCGUAUCGUCACCCAUCUCCAGCCAUCACUCAGACACCUGGGAUGGCACUAUCCACGGAUGGCGCCCGUCCGAUACCUUAUCGGCAACCAUCUCCCGCCAUCAACCAAUCACCUAUCAACAGGACGAUGUCGCCUGCGAAUGUAGCCCCUCCCUACAGAGCAUUGACACCGGCAAACGCAAACCCAGCCUACAGGACAAUGUCUCCUCCCACUCAAGAACCGGUGUACAGGGCGAUGUCUCCCCCUAGCCAUGAGGCGGCUUACCAUGCGAUGCCUCCCAGCCACGAGCCCGCAUACCAGGCAAUGCCUCCACCUGGUUCUGAGCCCACUUACAGGGCAAUGCCUCCUUCGUUCAACGCCGAACCGGCUUGGAAUACUUCUCCUUCCAUUCCUUCGUCACCACCUCCGCCAUUCACAUCAAGUCCCGCUCCGCACGAAACAGUACAAGACUCGGGCAGGCCCCCGACCUUGCUACAAAGUGGGCGAAAGCCCGUUCCCAAUUCUUUCAGGGAUGUAUAA